UGCUCUAUCCCACUCCCUAUUUAGUCAACUUCCUCUCUUUACUCUUUAUAAAUUUCACCCCACAAAAGAAAAUAUACUAUAUGUCUUCAGAAACUGAUCCCAUCAACCAAAAAAGCCUCAGCCACCCCGCCGGCUCCUUCCGGUGGCGGCUCCGCCGCGGGCGGCCGCGGCUCCCCACGGUCCGCCUGGGCGGGAGGAAGCCCCGCGGGCGCCUGUUGAGGCUGUGCAAGAAGGCGAAGCUGAAGUGGGUGAAGCUCAAGUAUUUGAGCAUGCUCAAAAAAAUCAAGAAAUACUACCAAGGUUUAGUGAGGGAUAUGAUCGAAGGGAGCGGGUCAAUUGAGUCAUUUCAGCAGCGCAUACUUCUAGAAACUUCCUUCGCCGUUCCGGUCAUGGGCCUCUCCUUCAAUGCUUACCCCUCCACCAACCAACAUUGGUGAGUCGGAGUCGGAUUCGGAUUCCUCUGUUACAAAUCGUUAAUUAGAUUUCGUGUGAUUUUAUGUCGCGCAAGGGUAAUCAUGACUUUUUUAUUUGAUUGUAUUUAUCAUAAUAAAAAAAGGGAUAAAAUAAAUUUCUUCUUUUAAA